UGCUUCAUUUCAGAGUUGUGUUCCGGCGACGGUUAGUUAACUACGGGUUGGUUAAUGGUUCAAACGUGUGGCUGUACUGAACAGUAAAAUGAUCUCUCGCUAUUAAUUGAGGUUCUAUCCGUUUUAUUGUAUUUGUGCUUGGACAACAUAUUUCAGGAAAAUGUUUACACCAGUUGCUGAUAGAACUGGAGGAGGAAGUACGGCUACAUCGUAUUCAUCUGCAAGUGCAAGAGCUGCAGCAGCUGCAGCUGCCCGUAGAAGAAGCACUGGUGUUUUUAACACCAGCGCUAGACGUUCACCUUUUACCACACCAGGCCGUACGACACCUUUAAAUCGUUCACUUCAGACUUCCCAGCUGAUAGAGGGCAGUGGACAGUAUUCGUUAGAGAGUUAUGGAGCAUCUUUACCAACCCUUGUUUAUGAAGCUCUUACCUUUGCUGACCGUAAUGUUGAAAUGUCUGCAGUUUUGUCACCCUGUGGUUGGGCGUGGCUUGUAUAUGGCCGCAGACUGUUAGUGUGGUGCUACAGAAAUGUUAAAUAUCAGUUUCGCGAACUCACCCUCCCACCAUCAGACUUAGCACAUCGAGCCCAGUUGGUUGUUGUGUAUGCUGCUAAUGAAGGACAGGUUCCAUCAUGUGUUGCUGCUUCACCUGAAGGAUUUGUUCGCUAUUGGCCAAGCAUUGCUCAUGAAGGCUCAUAUUUUGAAGUCAGCACGGAAUUGCAGGGUCAAGAGUGUGACAGCCUGGUGUUCUUAGGUCCUUCUUUGGGAUGUUUAUUAGCUACUACCACAUCAACAACGCUGCUGAUUGAAACAGCUGUGGGACCACCAGCCAACCAAAACAUUAAUGUGAGGCAUUUGAAAGUUCCUGCUGGUCUCCUUGGUGGAAUAUCUCGAAGGGUAUCCUCUUUGGUCUUUGGUUCUAUGCCUACACAAGCACCUGAAGCUCGUCUUGUGCGAGCAGUUGGUGUGCCAGGUGCUGAACAAGAUGAGCGUGCUGUGUUGGUCCUAUCUGCUCAUUCCUUACAGAAAUGGUAUUUAGUACCAAAUGAACCUGACAAAUUGAUAUAUGAAGUCAAUGUCGAAAAGUAUAUAAGGGAAGGAUUUGUUGACCAUGUAUGGGGCCGUGAACGUGCAGGUGCUACACAGUUGCGUGUUUGGCUGGUAGAUAUGCAGCCAACUUCUAGUGCAUCAUCAGUCAUGGUCCUCACUGCAGCAGUAAAUCCGCAAGUUUCUCAGCAGCUCGUGUAUGCCUUAGCUACAAUGGAAACGGGUGGAAAUACACCUCCACUGACAGUCAGUAACUUUUCACUACUCAAGCACUCUGAAUAUUAUCAAGAUUCUGCUGAAAAUGUUUUGCUGGCUCAGAGGUUUCUUUUGUGUGGCACGACAGCAUACAUAUAUAAUAAAAACACAGUGUUGUGUGUCUCAGCUGUUGGUGAAGGUGAUGCUGGUGACAGGGUCGAGUUUUCUGGCGCAGGUGAUAGUAUUUUGGGUGUUGGACGAUCACAAGGCCUGCCUCUAUUCUUCUCUGCCAAUCAUGGAAUAAUGUCAAUCACUACUAAUCAACACCUAAAUCAGUCAAGUGUCAUAUUGAACGAAAGUGUGGCUGAGGAAUCAUCAAGAGUAUGUGAAACACUGAAUCUCACGACUACUGGACUAGAUUCUAUCACAGCUAGCAGCGAUAAUACAGCAAAAUUUAAAGCAGCAUUUCUUCACUUCAACAAGAAAAACAUUGCUCAAGCACAGGCCUUGUUGGAUGAGCUGUUCCCAGGUUCAGACAACACUCAGUUAGACAGCAUUGUUAUUCAGGUAUCAACUCUUGUACUUGAUGACACACCAGCAACUGACCCUCGCUGGGCUGAAAUCAACCAAGCGGGUGGUACUGGUGCCCCAAUGUCACUUAUCAUACAGAACUUGCUUUUUGAUAAGGCUACAGCUCAUCAACAUUACAUGACUUUUUUGCAUCAGAUAGGGCUGUGGCAGCGCUUAAGCACAGUUGUUGUAGAUGAGGCACGUGGCUUAACACGAGUUCUUUUGGCUGAGCAUAGUGAACGCUUGGCAUUUGCAGCUGCUUUGCGUGCUAGGCACAAUGAUCAUCAGCAUCUUGUUGAUGCUGCCAUAAGACAUGUACUUGCAGAUCGUAAUGAAGCUCCCUCUGGCAAACUGACACAUGCUGAUUUGUUUUACCAAAGAGUUAGCCAAGUUCAAGCAAUUAUCUGGGGCUUGUUAAGGGCACAAGAAGAUGUACUCUCAGCAGAUGCUGCACCAAGGGACGCACCAGGGACAAUUCAUGCUGUAAACAGUCUUCUGUUAGGUCUUCUGUUGGCUGCAAGAUCAGUUAGCAGCAGUGUCAGUGGCGUCUCUUCCACAACAGCUGAUCCACCAUUAGAAAUGAUCCCUUGGACUGCCUCCCAGGGACCUAGAGGAAUCCGUACCCUUCUGUUACAGCAACACAACACCACUGUUCAGGUUGGUCUAGAUCGAGCUGAGGAUGGUGCUACAAGGGCUAAAUUGUACUCACAGAUGGUUGAUCUUGCUGACCUUAUUUUAACUGGUUAUCAGCCACAGUUAAGGUCUCUUUUACAAGUUAGCCAAGAUUCACACAGUGCCCUGUUACGAUCUUAUGAGAGAGAUCGAUACAAUCUUAUUCAACCUCUUGUUCAAGGCGAGCAGUAUGAUCAAGCUGUUGGUCUGGCGGAGAAGUAUUGUGAUUUCCGAACAUUGGUUGAAGUUUGCGAUCGGACAGAAAAUAGAGAAAGGCUUAGCCAGUAUAUGACACAAUUUGGAUCUGAGGGGUUUUCAGAUUUUGUUUUCCGUUGGUAUUUAGAAACUGGCAAAAGAGGUCGCUUGUUGGGCCAUGGAAAUCAAGGAGAUUUAUCAAGGUUCCUCCAGGAUUAUACAUCUUUAGCUUGGCUCCAUCAAGUAAAGACCCAAGACUUUGGAGCAGCACAAGGAACAUUGAGACAGUUAGCUCGUGAGGAAAACAAUUACCUUAGCCGUAAGAAGACUUUGUUAAGCCUGAGCAAGCUGUGCAACCUAGCGGCUAGUGGUCCUGGUGCAAAUGAUUUAAGCGUGGUAGAAGAUGACACCUUAGCCCUUGAAGAAGAGCUUAUAAUCUAUCAGGAACAGCUUCCUGAACCAGUGCUUACUGCACACUCCUUAGAUCCAGAAACUAUGAGAGUGCUGUCACCGUCUGAACUGAUACAUCUAUACACUGGUGAAGAAAAUACUUAUGCCAAUGAGUUUGAUUUCAAGAAAGCAUUAGAUUUGCUGGCAUUUGUACCUGAAGAUGAUGUUGGUGAUCUUAAGAAGCUCAUUUGGGUAAGGGCAGUUUUACGAAAUUCAUGGGAGCACAUGGAUACGGAUAACCCCUUGGAAUCCAUCAGUGAGACUCUGCUGUUUAAAACUAUAGAACUGGCUUUUACACAAGGUAGUGAGGUACAGGAGCUGUUAGUUCCAGCAGAAGAUUUGCUCACAAGUGAUGAAUUAGGUGGCCUUAAAGAGGAUGUCACAUUCAAGUUCUUGGUUAAUGCAGGUUAUGAAAAAAUAAACCAGUUACUUGGGUAGUAAUACAAGAAAGAAUCAACUGAUCAAAUUCUACUGAGCUUUUUAUUUGGAAAUUAAUUUUCAAGUUCAGUCUAUUAGUAUUUUAGGUUUCUUACAUUUGAUGUACCUGACAUUUGUAUCAUAACUUUCAUUGAUCUUUUGUAGUAUUGAAUAAAUAUCUGAAACUA